AUGUCCCAUGAUGUGUUAUUUGAGAUAUUCUCUUGUUUACCAGCAAAAGUUGUUUACAGGUUCAAGUCAGUUGAUAUUGGUCAGAGGUACAAUGGCCAAAAAGAGUUACACCCUUUACCGGGAGAGGAGCUAUCAUCUGGAGUCUCUAAUAAUGUUUUACAAUUCUUGACUAACUCUGCAAGAAUUGUGGCUUCAAGCAAUGGCUUGAUUCUUUGUCGUCUACUUGUGAGUGUUGAGGCUGAUCUCAAAAUCAUUUUUGAAUGCGACUCAGAUGAUUGCACGCUGUUUCUUUUUUUUGAGAACCCAAAAGAUGGUUGGUCUUCAAAUUUGUAUUGCAAUGUUUACCUUCAUAAGGAAGGUGUAUGGAAAGCAAGGGAAGAAAGUUUCACCACUGGUCCCAGGAACUUGAGAUUUGACAUUCUUGUCAUUCAUAAUUGUUUCAUCCACUUCAUCUCAGAUUGUUCUCCUUACGUUAACAGAAACGAUCAAUAUUUUUGGCCAUAUAUCAUGUCUUAUAAUCUUGAGAGUGGAGCAUCAAGAAUGCUCCAUGUGCCUAAAAAAGCAAGAAAGGGUGUCGAUGAUGUCAUCUGUAACAUGGGGAUUUUUAAAUGGGGUAAAGUCACUAGUUCAACUAAAUCCAUUUGUUUGGUGAGGUUAAGAAAGUGUGUAUUUACCAUAUUGGCUUUGAGCGACUAUGAAUCAAGUUCUUGGAGAAUGAUUUUGAAAGUAAGAGUGAAAGCAAUGGGAUUGAUGGAGCAAGAUCCUAUUGUCAUAGGUUUUACUGUCUUGAAUGGUGAUCUUUUGGUCUUUGCUACAACGAAGAAGGUCUACGGCUAUGGUUUGAGUAAUGAAAAUUGUAUGAUACUUGAGGAAAUAUGUGAACAUGGAUGUGAAACCAGAGUCUGCUUCACUUCUUAUUCGAACACGCUGCGCACGUGUGGUACUGAUGCCACAACUUUGCCUCCAAAGAAAAAAAAUGCUACAACCAAGUCCAACUUGGAAGUAGGAUACAACUUUGCCUUUGAUUUAGUAUUAGUUGUCCAGAUGUAA